AUGGUUGAUACACCAAAGAAUGCGUCCAAAUGGACCACCAAGGUCUACAAACCUCUUGGUUUUACCAAAGGCUACAACUUUGUUCUAUGGUUUAUCUUCGCUGGUGCGCUGCUUGGCUUCACCCUUGCCCGCUUCAUGUACCUAAAUUUCGACCGCUAUUUCUGCCCUCCCGAUCCUAGCGGCGGAGGUAACUCUGCUGGUCCUGGCGAGUGCUACUACUACACGACAUUCACCCGCGACAAGGUUGGCAUCAUCCUGCACCUUGCUAGCAUUCUCCCAGCUAGUAUCCUUGUUUGUUUCCAAUUUACUCCUAUUAUCCGCUACAAGUCAAUCUUGCUACACCGGAUUUUUGGAUACAUCGCUGUCUUACUUUACGUUGUAAGUCUGGCUGGUGCGCUAAUGAUUGCGCAUAUGGCUUUUGGAGGAGGCAUGGACAUCCAGGUUUGGGUGGGCUUUGUUGGCAUUGGUGUACUACUCUGCCUGAUUGUCUCUAUCGCCAACAUCAAGAAGCUGCAGAUCGAGGAGCAUCGGGCGUGGAUGCUGCGGGCCUGGUUCUACGCGGGUUCCAUCAUCACCACUCGUCUCAUCAUGAUCAUAGCUGCAAUUGUCAUCUCAGGCAAGGGGCGCUAUGUCGUUUGGUCUUGCGCAAAUCUCGCCUACACCAUCAGUCCCGAUAUGGAUCUUGUUGCUGCAUACCCUGCGUGUGCAUCAUUUGCAGACGGUAGUAAUCUUGAGGCAGUAAGUGCUGUAUUAGCAGAUAUGGAUGGCGAGUCUGGCGCAAAUGCAGGUGCAGCGCUUGACUUAAACUUUGGCAUGGCAUUGUGGCUUGCCACCUCAUUACAUGCCCUUGGUGUUGAGAUCUAUCUACAUCUUACCCCAAGAGAAGCUGAGCGCUUGAGAAAGAUUAGCUAUGUCCGACAGCUUGAAGCUGGGAUGAAUCACCCUGGCUCUGCUGGCUUAACAGCCGAUCGACUUGGGGACGCCGAGAAAUGGAGCGCUGAGGAUAGGAAAGGAAGCAAUGACACGGUUACGGAAAACCUCAAUGUUGCAACGGAAGUAAAAUGA